AUCACCUUUAAUGUGCUUUUUUCUUUUCUUUUUCUUUUUUUAUCUUAUCUGCAGAUUCCUUGCCUUUGUGGCAGUGCUCCCUGCCUGCUGUGCAGAUGCUGCCCGAGUGGAAACAACUCCACAGUCACUCGGCUGAUCUAUGCCUUCUUCAUGCUGCUGGGUGUGGGCAUCGCCUGCAUCAUGCUCAUGCCAGGCAUGGAGGGGCAUCUGAAGAAGAUUCCAGGCUUUUGUGAAGGAGGAACGGGGUCGUCCAUCCCGGGAGUCAAAGGUCAUGUGAAUUGUGAUGUGCUGGUGGGCUAUAAGGCUGUGUAUCGUGUGUGCUUUGGGAUGGCCAUGUUCUUCCUGCUCUUCUCUCUCAUCAUGGUAAAGGUCAAGAGCAGCCAGGACCCAAGAGCCGCUGUGCAUAACGGGUUUUGGUUCUUCAAGUUUGCGGCCGCCACUGCUAUUACAGUUGGAGCUUUCUUCAUUCCUGAAGGCCCUUUUACUACUGUCUGGUUUUACAUUGGCAUGGCUGGAGCGUUCUGUUUCAUCCUCAUCCAGUUGGUGCUCUUGAUCGACUUUGCUCACUCUUGGAAUGAGUCCUGGGUGGAAAAAAUGGAGGAGGGAAACUCUCGUUGCUGGUAUGCAGCUCUUCUGUCUGCCACAGCCAUGAACUACGCUCUGUCACUGAUCUCUCUGAUCUUGUUCUAUGUGUAUUACACUCACUCCGAUGGCUGCACUGAGAACAAAGUCUUCAUCAGCUUCAACAUGUUGCUGUGCGUUGGUGCAUCUGUCAUGUCCGUCUUGCCUAAAAUCCAGGAGUCCCAGCCCAGGUCUGGUCUCUUGCAGUCCUCCAUUGUUACUCUGUACACCAUGUAUCUGACCUGGUCUUCCAUGACCAAUGAGCCUGACCGCAAAUGCAACCCUAGCUUGCUUGGCAUUAUUGGCCUCAACAGCACCACCCCUGCUGGUCAGGACCGUGUUGUUCAGUGGUGGGAUGCCCAGGGCAUUGUGGGCUUGAUUUUGUUCCUGAUGUGUGUGCUGUACUCCAGCAUCCGCAACUCCAGCAAUGCCCAAGUGAACAAACUGACCCUCAGCAGCGACGAGUCUGCUCUGAUCGAGGAUGGUCCUGCUCCAGAGAACUUUGAAGUGGGUGAUGGCACCAGCCGUGCCUUUGACAAUGAGAAAGACGGAGUCACCUAUAGCUAUUCUUUCUUCCACUUCAUGCUCUUCUUGGCUUCUCUGUACAUCAUGAUGACACUGACAAACUGGUACAGCCCUGAUGCCAAUUAUGAGACUAUGACCAGCAAGUGGCCCUCUGUGUGGGUGAAAAUCACCUCCAGUUGGAUCUGCAUCUCUCUGUACGUGUGGACCCUGGUGGCUCCGCUGGUCCUCACUAACCGUGAUUUCGACUGAGAGGAUGGAUCGAAAUAAAAGCUUGCAAUGUGAAUCCGCCAUUAAUUAUGUGAAAAUCCACAUGUAUAGGGAUAGUAGUGUCUAAAUGUAAAUACUUGAGUGUUUUGUUCGUUCAGCUGACCCUACAUGUGUUGUUGUUGUUUUUUGAACCUUGCAUGCUUUUAUGUAGGAGUUUAUUAAUUCAUAAAAGAGCUGAAAUAAAUGAAAAACAUCGCUUGG